AUGUGGAACUUUAUCAAGAAUAAUACGGUUUUAUCAAUUGAAAUGAUCGUGAUGAAUGAGGAGGGUACAAAAUACCAUUCUCGUGUUUUCAAUCAUAAUUUUUCCAGAUUUGAUGAUCUUUUAAAGGAAGAUCAAACUUAUAUCAUUUUAAAACCCAAUAUGGCGGCUGUGAAUAAUGGUUUUAGUGCUACGGGUCAUAAACAAACCACAACUUUGAAUUGGAAAAGUAUUCUAAAGAAAUGUGAUGAUUUUUCAGGACCGGUGAAUGGAUUUAUGUUUGUUGAUUUUAAUUCUAUUAUCGAACAAACAUGCCCAAGCGACGCAUUCUUUGGAAUUGGUCAAGUAAAAAGUUAUUUUGAUGUAACCAAGCUUGAUGCAUUCAUUAAAGACUUAAGGGAGAAUCACAUUUUCGGCAAAGUUCAAGCAUAUGUUUAUACCAUUGAAUUUCAAAAGAGAGGUUCGCCGCAUAGUCAUAUAUGUCUAUUUAUGCAUUCUGACAACAAGCUACCAACUGUUGAAAUUAUCGAUCUGAUAAUUUCCGCCGAGAUACCAGACAGAAUUGAAGAACCAGAAUUGUAUUCACUUGUGAAUGAGUUUAUGAUUCAUGGUCCACGUGGAGCUGAAAAUAUCAAUUGUCCAUGCAUGGUGGAUAAAAAGUGCUCUAAAAACUUUCCAAAACAAUUCUAUAAUCAUUCUUCUGUUGAUCAAAAUGGUUUUCCGUUUCCUUCUGUGGUCAGACUACCUUUUCAUCUUACUAAUCAACAUCAUAUUGUAUAUGGCGAAGACGAUGAUAUUGACGAUGUUCUGGACAAACCUUCUGUUGCUGCUUCAAAGUUCACAUUUUGGAUGGAGUGUAAUGCAAUUGAUAGCGAAGCACGAGAACUUACAUAUGUUGAAUUUUCUACAAAGUUUGUUUGGAUAUUAAAUGGUCGGUUUUGGAAGCGAAGGAAAGUAGGAAAAGCCAUUGGUAGAAUUCAUUCGGUUUCACCUAAUCUUAGUGAAGCAUAUUUCUUAAGGAUUCUUUUAAAUAAAGUUAAAGGUCCGACAUCAUUUGAUGAAAUUCGCACGGUAAAUUGUGAAGCACAUUCUUCUUUUAGAGAUGCUUGUUAUGCACUCGGCCUAUUAGAUGAUGACAAGGAAUACAUCGAUGCAAUUAAAGAAGCAAGCCAUUCUGGAUCUGCUACCGGCGGCACCCCUCCUUCACCACCACCUCAUCCGCCUCCCACACACCCACCAACAUCUCCGUCCAGUUAA